AUGGCUGCUGCUGAGCUGAAGCGCCUCAACGACGAGGAUGGCAAUUUCCAGCGCCCUGCUACGGUUCUCCGCAACUUCAUCUCUCAAGAGCCAGGGUCCAGGUUUCCGCCCGAGAAGGGCAGGUACCAUCUCUAUGUCAGCUAUGCUUGUCCGUGGCUGAAGGGUCUGGAAGACAUUAUCUCGUUCUCUGUCGUGCAUUGGCACCUCAACUUUGAGACAGGAUGGCGAUUCCCAACACCCUCGGAAGCCGAAGUUGAUGGCGAGAACGUGGUCCCAGAUCCUCUGCACAACGAUUUCACCCUCUUGCGUCAGAUUUACUUCGAGACUGAUCCCAACUACCCCGCAAGAUUCUCCGUGCCCGUCUUGUACGACAAGAUUGAGAAGGUCAUCGUGAAUAAUGAAAGCAGUGAGAUUCUCCGCAUGCUUGGAACAGAGCCAGCCCCUAAGAAACUCACUGACGUCUAUCAGUUUGACAGCAUUAUUGACGAGAAGUACCGCAACGUAUCGCUAUACCCUGCGGUACUCCAAGACCAGAUCAACGACGCUCAUGAGUGGCAAUAUGAUCAAAUCAACAAUGGGGUCUACAAAUGUGGAUUUGCAACCACGCAAGAUGCAUAUGAACAUGCUGUGACAUCUUUGUUUGACGCAUUGGAUCGAGCUGAGGCCCAUCUGGCCUCUUCCGAAGGCCCGUACUGGUUUGGAAAGGACAUUACAGAAGUCGACAUACGACUAUUUGUUACACUUAUUCGAUUCGAUCCGGUCUACACGUUUCACUUCAAAUGCAACAUUCGAGACGUACGCUCCGGUUACCCUCGUCUCCACAAAUGGCUUCGCAACCUUUACUGGAACGUGCCGGCAUUCAAGGAUACGACCAACUUCCUCCACAUCAAGAAUCAUUAUACCAGAAGCCACAUCAAUAUCAAUCCACAUGCAAUCACUGCGAUGGGCCCGUCACCUCACAUUCUCCCGCUGGAGAAAGAAGUGCCUGCUAUCCGUAUCUCUGAGUAG